UCAUGUCUUAUUGACUGAAGAGAUGGGAAUUUGCGCUUUUGACUUCUUUUGAAUGGAUGAAGGGUUUUCCCUAAUCAUAGUAGAACUUUUCUUUUGGUCAGAAUACCUCCUUGAGGAAAUCCUCCUUUUUUGAGGACAACAGCCUGAAGCUAAACUCUGAAGAUCUUUGCACCAGUUGGAACCAAAUCUGACUGUAUUUAGUUCUCUCUCUCUCUCUCUCUCUCUCUCUCAGUCCUUCCCUCCCCUCUCCUCUCCUCUUCUCUCUCUCUCUCCCUUCCUCUCUCUCUCUCUCUCUCUCUUUCUGUCUCUCUGUCUCUGGAUAGUUUGCUUCUUCUGCAAUACUUAAUAUUCUCUCUCGAAGAAAAGAAAAAAAACUGAAGACCCUUCCAACUCAGAACCUUGAUGGGGGGUCGAACCUGCUGUAGCUGUGGCUGUGGCUGUGGCAGGUGUAAUGGUUGUGCCAACAACCGCAGCAGGAGUGUAGACACUCGAAAUCGACGUUCUGACUCCCGGAACAGAUACGAUAAUUCCAGAAGCAGAUACUAUGACCGGGAUCUUGAGUCCAGAGCACAACCGCCAGAGGAGAACAAAAGAAAGCCAGUUUUGGGAAAACUUGGCAAUCUGUUCACGGCAGGAAGGAGAAGGAGCACCAGAAACGGAGGAGAGAGCCCCACCAGCUCAAAUGCCAAAUCACUGCCUCCCAAAGAUGUCACCUCCUCUCAAGUCCCUGACAGCGAGAACAGGAGCACUCAGCCAGACAGCCCAGCCGAGCAGGAUGCAGACCCGGGUGAGGAAGGCUCUCCCCUGAAGGCCCAGGAGCCAGGCGAGGAGAGCUCGGACCCUUGCCCCCAGGCUGCCCCCCAGGACGCCGAGCUGUCGCUGGGCCCCAGCAGCCCUGCAGCGGCGGCGGCGCAGCAGUGCCAUGAAGGUGAUUCACCCCAAUUAGAACCUCUUGAGGUGGAGGGAGAGACUUUCCCAGAUGCCACCACCGCUGCCAAGCAGAAUUCCGCGGGGCGGGAGGCUGCAGAGGCGCGCGCGCGCUGUGCGGGGGAGGACGCAGGUGGCCAGCAGGAGACACCCCAGGGUCCCGGGGGUGUGAGCGGGCCGUCCGGCCAGGCGCUGCGGGCUGCAGGGCCGGAGGAGGCGGCGGAGAGAUCCCCCGGCCAGGGUGCGGGCGGAGGCGGCUCCCCGGAGCCCCCCGAGGGUGCACCCGCUGCGCCCGGAGAGCCCCCCGCGCGGGGCGCGGACAGGCCUGGGCAGCCCGCACACGUCUUGGCCUUCGACAUCUACCUGAGCAAGACCGAGGUGGCCGCCGCGGCCGAGGACUGCAGCGACCCCGAGGACAUGGACAAGAGGCCGGGCGGCCGCAGGUCCGGCCGGCGCCGCAGGGCCCCGAGAGCCGGCGAGUCCCCGGCCGCCGCACACGCCGCGGGCUCCGAGGACCCGGUGGCGGCGCCCGGCGCGCCCGCAGACGCCGAACAGAAAGUGAAACCCGGGCGGGCCGCCGCCGAGGGAGGCGCUGCCUCCGCCGCCGCCGCCUCUGCCCCCGCCUCGCCCGGCCCCAGAGGGCAGCCCCGAGCCGACGCCGAGCGCAGCAGACCCGCGCCGCCCGCCGCGUCCCCCACCAAGCGGAGGGGCAAGAGCCGCCUCCCCGAGGCCGGACCCACCUCCUCGCCCGCCGCCGCCGGCGCUGCGCGCAGGGAAACCCCACCCAAGAAGGCACCGGAGGCUGCCAAGGCAGCGCCGGGGGACAGCGCGGAGGAGGCGGCCCGGGGCAGCCCUCGAGAGCUCACGGUCAAGAGCAGCUCGCUGCUGCCCGAGAUCAGACCCGAACACAAGAGGGGGCCCCUGCUCUUCAACCACUUCGACGGCCGGGGAGAGGGAAGUCGCUGCAAGGAAGUGGGGAGGGCGACAGCUAGUUCGGACCCCGACGGCUUGAAGCCCAGGAACCACUUUGGUGCCAGCAGGUCCACGGUGACCACGAAAGUGACCCUCCCUGCUAAGCCCAAACAUGUGGAACUAAAUCUGAAAACCCCUAAAAAUCUUGAUAGUUUGGGAAAUGAGCAUAAUCCCUUCAGCCAACCAGUACAUAAAGGAAACACCGCCACCAAAAUCUCCUUGUUUGAAAACAAACGGGCCACCAGUAGCCCAAGGCACGCGGACGUUCGAGGCCCUAGGAACACCGCUGCCUCUAGUAAAACAUUUGUCGGGAGGGCCAAACUGAACUUAGCCAAAAAAGCCAAGGAAAUGGAACAACCCGAAAAGAAAGUAACACCCAGCAGUCAGCAGAACGGUGUGCUGGGCAAGGACACUUCUUCAGAAAACAAGGUCACUCUCCCUGGAGAGGACGUUCUACCAGCGACCCAGAAUCUCAGUGGGAAAGGAACGGAAGGGGAGUCCAGUGAGGCUCAAGGACUUGCUUCUCAGCUUAGCCAGGGUGACGAAGCAGAGACAGCGGCAGAUGCUGGCUGCCCUGCCGAGCCCUUGGUUACUGCUCAGGUUCCUGUCAGGGACCACAAGCUCUUUGUAGAGGACAGCUCCAGUGCUACUGAUAGCACAACACCUGGACUUGAACAUAGGACGGCCGAGACAGCCCAAGACAGCCUCCCUGUUCUUGAUACCAGUUCAGUUCCAGCAGCUGUCUCAGCACUGCAGGAGAAGCCCCCAGCUGAGUCAUCUAGUGGGCCUUCUCUCUCACUGCCUGCAUCUAGUCCUCCGGGGGCUCCUGAUGCCACUUGUACCCAUGUUCCCAUAAGCCAUUGCUCGGGCGUUGAUCUGAAAGUGUCAGAAAACCAUAAUGGAUGUGCUUUGCCUGUGUCUCAUCAGAAUAAUGAGGAAAUGCCCCCUGCCCACCCUGCAGAAGGAGGUACGAACUCUUCUCCUUUGUCCGCAGUGCACAGCUCUGAGGCAGUGGGAAGGGAGUGUCCCUCCACGGUCCUUGUCCAGGUCCGGUCCUUUGUGCUCCCUGAGAAGAGCACCCAGGGCGUGAGCUCCCAGGUCGUCACAGACAGCUCUGAAGUGAGAGAAGUUCAGUUGCCGAGUUGUCACGACACUGAACUCGAAGCGGUUUCCCUCGCAAGCUGUGAUCUCCAGAAAGAGGAAGUGCAGGGUCCGCAGAGCACAUCACCCACACACAGUCACAGCAGAGAGGAGCCUGGGGCAGAAUCUGGCCCCCAGGUCUCACCUCCAGGCUCACAGAAAGCGCUGCCUGUUCACACUCAAAAUCAAAGUGAUGGGGCGCCACCCAUAGCUGAACCUGGCAGCAGAAAUCAUUUGGAAACUCCUCCCCGGUCCGCUCAAAAUGCUGUCAAUGGCCAGGACAGCCCAGCCAGUCUUCUGAACAUUUCUGCUGAUAGCGAGGAUAGUGUCUUCGAUUCUUCCUCUGACAUGGAAAAAUUCACUGAGAUUAUAAAAAAGAUGGACAGUAUGGUGUGUGUGCCCCAGAAGAAAAAGAAAGCCAGGGUGCCCAACUCUCCCACACCCUACUUUGCCAUGCCUCCUAUUCACGAGGACAAUUUAGAAAAGGUGUUGGAUCCUAACGUGUUUACCUUUGGUUUGGGAAAGAAAAAGGAAAGCCAACCAGAAAUGUCACCAGCUUUACAUCUGAUGCAGAGCCUCGAUACGAAAUCCAAACUGAGGCCCAAACGGACGUCCACUGAAGAGAGUUUCCUCUUCAGAUCCCUGCACGCUCACACCAACGGGAGAGAGGAACCUCUGGCUGAUGCAGAAACCCACGACAAGGACAACAGAGAUGUCACAAACGGCGGUGUGAAGAGAUCAAGGCUAGAAAAAAGCGCGCUUUUCUCAAGCAUAUUAUCUUCUCUACCGCAAGACAAAAUCUUUUCACCGUCUGUGACAUCAGUUAAUACAAUGACCACAGCUUUCAGCACUUCUCAGAACACUUCUCUUUCUCGGUCGUCUGCGUCACAACCUGUGGCGGAGGGAGCCCCACCCAGCCGCACAGACAAAGUGCAACCGAAUCUUCUACCGGGCAGCUCCUCAAAGGUCUUCAACUUUGACGCUUCCAAUGCAUCUCACUCAGGCCUGAAAAGUCCAAGCUACAUGGAAAAGUUCCUGCAGAGAGAGGAAACAAAAAAAGAUGUGAAUUCACGAAGCAACCUCCACUUCCCAGAAACAAAGUUUUCUGAAUUUUUAAAACCGAAGAAGAAGGAUGACCCAGAGAAAGCUGAGCAGACUGAAAGUGUUGUGCAGUCAAGUUUGUCUAACCACGGAAACAGUGACAUGGACUUCGUGGGUAUUUUCACAUCUAGCCGGUUCGACCCAAACAUUGCUUUUUCUGGGAUGUCAUUAUCAGAGUCAGCCAUACUUAGAGGAAAUACCCAAAAUAAAAUCAACCCCCGACCUGGAAAGGUAGUGAUAUAUAUUGAGCCAGACGUGUCCGAGGAGUGUAUUGAAGUUUUUGGUGAUGUUCAGGACUGCAGCUCUUGGAGCCUCUCUCCUGCGAUACUCCUCAAAGUUGUUAGAGGAUGUUGGAUUUUGUAUGAAAAACCAAAUUUUGAAGGGCACUCCAUCCCCUUAGAAGAAGGAGAAGUGGAACUCUCUGGUCUCUGGGGCAUAGAUGAUGAUUUGGAAAAAAAUGAGGAGACAGAGUCUGCUAAACCCGUGGUGAUUGGUUCAAUCAGACGUGUGGUCCAGGAUUAUAGAGUUAGUCAAAUUGAUUUAUUUACUGAACCAGAAGGACUAGGACUCCUGACUUCCUACUUCGAUGACAUUGAAGAAAUGCAAGGCUUCGGAAUAAUGCAGAAGACUUGUUCCAUUAAAGUACACUGGGGCACGUGGCUGAUUUAUGAGGGGCCUGGAUUUCAGGGUGACCCCUUUAUCCUGGAGCCUGGCGAAUACCCUGACCUGUCCUUUUGGGAUACAGAAGAAGCAUACAUUGGAUCCAUGCGGCCCCUGAAAAUGGGUGGUCGUAAAGUUGAAUUCCCUACAGAUCCAAAGGUAGUUAUUUAUGAAAAGCCUUUCUUUGAAGGAAGAUGUGUGGAGCUAGAAACAGAAAUGUACAGUUUUACAGAAGGCGAGGAGGCAGAAGAAGCCGCUAAAGAUGAACGUUUGCCGUUCCCGUCAGUGGGGUCUAUGAAAGUUCUCAGAGGCGUUUGGGUGGCUUAUGAGAAGCCUGGAUUUUCAGGUCAUCAGUAUUUGCUGGAAGAAGGAGAAUACAAGGACUGGAAGGAUUGGGGAGGUUACAGUGGAGAACUUCAGUCUUUGCGACCUGUAUUAGGCGAUUUCACAAAUGCACAUAUGAUAAUGUACAGUGAGAAAAACUUUGGAGCCAAAGGUUCCAGUAUUGACGUGUUAGGAAUCGUUGCUGAUUUAAAAGAAACUGGAUACGGAGUGAAGACACAGUCAAUUAAUGUGCUGAGUGGCGUAUGGGUGGCCUAUGAAAACCCUGACUUCACAGGAGAGCAGUACAUUCUGGAUAAAGGCUUUUAUACCACUUUCGAGGACUGGGGAGGCAAAAACUAUAAGAUCUCUUCUGUUCAACCCAUUUGUUUGGAUUCUUUCUCUGGCCCAAGGAGACGAAACCAGAUCCACUUGUUUUCAGAACCACAAUUUCAAGGCUGCAGUCAAAGUUUUGAAGAAACAACAGGCCAGAUCGAUGACUCGUUUUCUGCUAAAUCUUGCAGAGUGGUAGGAGGCAGCUGGGUUGCAUAUGAUGGAGAGAAUUUCUCUGGGAACCAGUACGUGCUGGAAGAAGGCCACUACCCUUGCCUCUCUGCAAUGGGAUGCCUGUCUGGAGCAACUUUCAAGUCUCUCCGUUUCAUAGAUGCUGAAUUUUCUGAACCAAGGAUUAUCCUUUUUGAAAGAGAAGAUUUCAAAGGGAAAAAGAUUGAACUUAAUGCAGAAACAGUUAAUCUCCGAUCUCUAGGAUUCAACACACAGAUACGUUCCGUUCAGGUGAUUGGCGGCAUAUGGGUUACUUAUGAAUAUGGCAACUACAGAGGGCGACAGUUCCUGUUGUCACCAGCAGACGUACCUAACUGGUAUGAAUUCAGUGGCUGUCGUCAGAUAGGCUCUCUAAGACCUUUUGUUCAGAAACGAAUUUAUUUCAGACUUCGAAACAAAGCCACAGGGCUAUUCAUGUCAACCAAUGGAAACUUAGAGGACCUCAAGCUUCUCAGAAUCCAGGUCAUGGAGGACGUGGGUGCUGAUGAUCAGAUCUGGAUUUACCAAGAAGGAUGCAUCAAGUGCAGGAUAGCAGAAGAUUGUUGCCUGACGAUCGUGGGCAGCCUGGUGACGUCUGGCUCCAAACUGGGCCUGGCCCUCGACCAGAGUGUCGACAGUCAGUUCUGGAGCAUGAAGUCAGAUGGCAGGAUCUACAGCAAGCUGAAACCCAACUUAGUUUUAGAUGUCAAAGGAAGGCUUCUGGAACUUUAGAAAAUGGAAAGGUUUUCUCAAUAACGGGCUGAAUCUGCAAAACACAAGAAGAGGGUGACUGGUAGAUCAGACAGCCCGUGUCUGGCAAGGCAGAUGGCGUCUGUAGUUAGUUUCUUCGCAGCGUCCUUCAAGGCCCUUGUCUUUCAGCUGUUCCCUGCACAUGGGUCGGAGCCUCAGCCCCAGGCCGUGACUGCUAUAGCCCCUUCUGUCUGCAGCUCCUGCCUUACUCGAUGCAUCUGCCGUCAACAGCCCGACUCCACUCAGUCUUACUUCUGCUCGAUGGUGAGCAAGACACUGUCCUACCCAGAUCUGAAGCUCCAAGGCUACCACCAUCCCAAUCAGCCUCCUUCGGACUCUGUGCAUUAUUAAUGUGGCCUACCUGUUACUGUCUGAACUUCGUUCAUCUGGGUCUCAUGACUGUGAAUUCUACUACCUUCCCCAUCCAGUUCUGGUCCAGUUACCCUUACUCUUACACACACACACACACACACACACACACACACACACACCGUGCACAGUGUGUCCUCUCCUCAAACUGCGUUGGCAGCCCGUGUAGACCUCUUCUCAGCCUGCUUGUGACAACUGAGAGUCCAGGUCUGCUGUGUGUGGUAAAAACUCCAGGGUUUUUUUUCCCCAAAAGAUCGGUGUCUAUCUAUGUUCCUAUCUAUGUGACGAAGCUUCCUCGCUGCAGGUGGGGACCAGGGGCUUGAACCUGGGUCCUCACACAUGAUAUCAUGUGUGCGCUACCAGAGGGCCACCACUCAGCCAAUAAUGCAAUUAAAAUAAGCAUCCCAGCUGCACUUUUUUGCACACUA